AUGAAUACAAUAAAUUUUCAAACCUUUGUCAACAGCUUUCAGAAUCGACUGGAACCACCAGUUCGUCAGCAUCUUAAAAAUGUUUACGCCACAUUAAUGAUGACAUGCGUGUCUGCAUCUGCUGGGGUUUAUGUUGAUAUGUUUACAAGAUUCCAAGCUGGAUUCUUAUCGGCCAUCGUUGGUGCUGGUCUAAUGCUCAUGUUGAUUGCCACACCCGAUAAUGGAAAGAACACUAACUUACGACUCGGCUAUCUACUUGGAUUUGGAUUAACAUCAGGCAUGAGCAUGGGUCCCCUGCUUGAAUAUGUCAGUGUAGUUGACCCAUCUAUCAUAAUAACUGCUCUGCUCGGCACUACCCUGGUAUUUGUAUGCUUCUCUGCUGCUGCUAUGCUUGCUGAACGAGGCAGCUGGCUAUUCCUCGGUGGCACAUUGAUGACACUGUUCACAUCUAUGUCACUAAUGACUUUGGUUAAUCUGUUUAUGCAGUCACAUUUCUUGUACCAAGCUCAUCUUUAUCUUGGCCUCAUGCUCAUGUGCGGUUUUGUACUGUUCGACACACAACUGAUCAUUGAGAAACGCAGAAUGGGAAGCAAAGACUUUGUGCAACAUGCAUUGGAAUUAUUCAUUGACUUUAUUGGAAUGUUCAGAAGACUGGUUAUUAUUUUGACACAGAAGGAGGAACAAAACCGUCGUCGCAAGCGUGACUAAAAAUAUACUUAAAAGGUAUUAUUUACCCACAUCAGUAUGGUGAUAGGGAUGUUUGAAGAUAUUUGUUUUUUUAUUAUUUUCUGAUUGAAAUAUUUUAGGCAAUGCAGAAAAAUUGUAAAUUUCAUUUAACUAUUUAGUAAAGUAAUCUAUUGGUUCCAAAAUGUACUUUUAUUUAUGUA